AUGUCACAAGAACCAGAAAGAAAACCGGCUACUGUUGAUAAAGAAAUUCCAGUGAAUUUUGAUCUUGGUCUUCUUGCCGUUUAUGAUCCACAACCACUCGAUCAUAUCCAACUCUCAGACUCUAACAAAAGAGAGACCUACCUCAGAGACACAACCAGAGACAAUGUCCAACUUUUGGUGAACCAGGUUUUGUCUCUUCCACUACAAAAGAAGGAGACUCUUACUUUGGUCACCUUGCCAGAACCGAUCUUCAAGCUUCCUAGAGAAAAGUCUAUUCCUAAGCCUAAGGAGCCAACCAGAUGGGAGAAGUUUGCCGCUAAAAAGGGAAUCCAGAAGAAGGGUAAGGACGGAAAGCUUGUAUUUGACGAGGAAACCCAGCAAUGGGUCAACAAAUGGGGUUACAAGGGUCUCAAUAAGAAAAUCGAUGAACAAUGGGCCGUCGAAGUGCCUUCGGCUAACAGUAAUGAAGACUCUGAUUCUUUGCUAGAUCCAAGAAAGCUCCGUAGAGACGAAAGAAAAGCACUUGUCAGGAGAAACCAAGCACAACAAAAGAGAAAUAGAGAAGGUGCCAAAUAA